ACUUAACAAUCAAAAUUAAUAACAUGUUAGUAGUAUUUAUUUUAUUCGAUUUAUAGAAUAUAACUACUGACUUAACUGGUUCUAGAAAUUACAAUUUAAUUAGUAAAAUUUAUUUGAUAAAAUGGAUUUCACCGGAAAAGUUGUAUUAAUUACUGGUGCUAGUUCAGGUAUUGGAGCUGCAACAGCUGAAACUUUUGCUAAAUAUGGUGCCAAUGUAGUUAUAGUGGGUCGUAAUGUCGAAAAUCUUAAAGCUACCGAAAUAAAAUGCAAAGAUGUCAACGCUAAAGUAAACUGUUUGCCCAUUGUUGCCGAUGUCACUACAGAAGCGGAAAAAAUUAUCAAUGAAACUGUUUCCAAAUUUCAGCGUUUAGACGUUUUAGUCAACAAUGCGGGUAUAUUAGCUUCUGGUGGUCUACUUGACAUUGAUGUGGAGCAAUUUGAUCGCAUAUUAAACACAAAUUUGCGCGCUGUAUUCAUAUUGACCAAAUUGGCUGGGCCUCUUUUGAUCAAAAGUCAAGGUAGCAUAAUAAACGUUUCAAGUGUAGCUGGUCUACGUUCAUUUGCAGGAGCUUUAAGUUAUGGCGUUUCCAAAGCAGCUCUUGAUCAAUUUACAAAAUGUGUUUCCCUAGAACUAGCUCCCAAAAAUGUGCGUGUUAAUUCAGUUAAUCCCGGUGUGGUUGUUACUGAUAUCCAUAAACGCGGUGGCAUGUCAGUGGAGGAAUAUGCUCAGUAUUUGGAGCGUUGCAAAGACACACAUGCCAUGGGUAGAGUGGGUAAUGUGUAUGAAGUUGCAGAAACUAUAGCAUUUUUAGGCAGCAGUAAAGCUAGCUUCAUCACUGGUGCUUGUGUGCCAAUCGAUGGUGGCAAACAUGCCAUGUGUCCCCGAUAA